GGCCCGUUCAGAUCUCUUCCACCAGCCACUGCCUGCCAGAGAGGCGCCUGUGGAGAGCCACACUCGCACCGCACUCACCAUGUCCCAGGCUAGCAUUCAGGAAGCCCCCAUCAAGAAGAAGCGCCCCCCUGUGAAGGAGGAGGACCUGAAGGGGGCCCGAGGGAACCUGACCAAGAACCAAGAAAUCAAGUCCAAGACCUACCAGGUCAUGCGGGAGUGUGAGCAAGCUGGCUCACCUGCCCCUUCGGUGUUCAGCCGCACCCGCACAGGCACAGAGACUGUCUUCGAGAAGCCCAAAGAAGGACCUGCCAAGAGUGUCUUUGGCUGAGUGCGUGCCACACCCCU